AUAAUAUCGUGAUCGCGGGAAAAAGGAUAGUGCAUUUCUUAUUUUCUUGUCCAAAUUCGACAUUUCUACACGUUUAAGUGGGCAAAAUUAGUGGUAUGCUGUCUCUAGACAGUAAUGGAUCUCAUCAAGACGAGGAUACGAAUAAUGAAAAUGGAUCUGACGAUUAUCCAAGAAUACCUCUUUCUAUGGAUGGACCAAAAGAAUGGACUUAUACAAUGAGAAGAAAUAUGCAGGAAGUGGUACCUGGAUUAUAUCUUGGGCCUUACAGUGCAGCUAGCCGGUCAAAACUACAAUCUUUAUUAGAUCAUGGCAUAACUCAUAUAGUAUGUGUUAGACAGGACAUAGAAGCAAAUUUUAUAAAACCCAACUUUCCUGAUAAAUUUAAGUAUCUUGUUUUGAAUAUCGCUGACACAGCAACAGAGAAUAUUAUCCAACAUUUUCAAAAAGUAAAAGUAUUUAUCGAUGAAGGUUUAAACUCUGGGGGGCAAGCCUUAGUACAUGGCAAUGCUGGUAUAUCACGAUCUGCGGCAUUAGUUUUAGCAUAUGUUAUGGAAACAUAUGAACUCUCCCAAAUGCGUGCAUAUACAAUAGUACAACAAAGAAGGUUUUGUAUAAAUCCCAAUGAAGGUUUUAUGGCACAAUUGAGAGAAUACGAACCAAUAUAUCAAGCACAGAAAACACUAAAAAAUGGCCAACAGAGUUUAUUCAGACAAAGAACCAAAAGGACUAUCCAUCAAAUAUAUACUGAAAGAACAGAGGAUAAAUGUGAUACGAUGGAUAGUUGAUAUUUUUUUAGCAAAUGCUGAAGAUACCAAAAGACUUACUCUAGGUUAGAUAAAAAAUGAACUUAACGAAGUAACGUUUUUUACAUCAUCGCGUUCAGAAAGAUAGUUAAACAUACAGGUAUCUAGUAAAAUCAGACGUCAUACUAUUUAGUUUCUAAUGUAAUGUGUAAGAAUUAAAAAUUUAUUGCAAUAAGAUGUUCUAUCUAUUAGCUAAACAGAUCAUUUAUCUAGGCAAACGAAAUACUAAAAC